CACAUCUUGCCUUUUCCUGUUUUCAAGAUGUUGCCUUGUUUUUUUGCCCGCUUUUCGACGGCUUCUUGAUGAUCUUUCUUUUUGGAGAGACAUCGGUUUUGGUGAGAGACCGAGCCAGCGAAUCAGAAUCGCUUAAACGACACUCGUUCUGAUUGACCCAGCCCGCUUCUCAACUUCUCUCCGACUUCCAAUCUUUCCUCGUCCUGAGUCUAAAAUCCACGCUCCAAUUGACGCAUGAAUUCGCCAAGCUUUAAUUUUCUCUAUCGAGCUAAUGUUUGGACAGAUUGACGACCUUUGAGAUCGAGGAAUUUGAUGAUUUCACACCAGAAGAAGUCUCAAUAGUCGAAAGACAGUCACAGCCACAAAUAUGACCACAACCCAUGCAACGCCUCUUCAACAACGACAAGCCUUGGUCCAACACGACUUCCAUCGCACAGUCGAGGCCACAACAGUCACGACGGAGCGUAUUGCUAGGCGCCCCGAUGUUACUCAAUACGAUGAACGCGGAAUAACGGCUACGGUACUCGUCGCCUCGUUAUCCAGAAACAGGAGCCGAUUCCGAGCUGUAAGGCGGACGAGAAAAAUGCGAACCAGAAAACUUUUCAACCGUUGCCUAACGCCUCACCGGAAUGAAUGGUCAACGGUGCCAGUUCAUCUUGCAUGUUCAUGUUGGGAGCCAAACAGGUGAACCGGGCAACCCAAUAAAAGCAGUGCCUCCUCGAGAUCCCCUGAAUCCGAAGCGAAGGGUUUUCUCUGUUGCUUGCUUGCUCUUCCUCGUACAGUGGCCAGGACUCGUUCGGAGAGCGUGUUGAGGAGUCAUUUGCAGCAAGAUACCGGCGGCUAGUCAACAAGUCAUCACUUUAAUCCUUCCGGCCUUUUUCGCCGUGUUCUGCUGGUCUGACAAGAUUACCACGCAUCAAAAGGGCAAACGCUGCCUUGCAUUCUGCCCUACUUCUUUGGCGAACCAAGCCCCCUUUCCCUUGAUUCGCGGGAUUGCCCUAGCAAGGCUGCAAAUGUUUUCUCGAAUCCAUCAAUGUGUUAUGACUUCUUUGAUGCUGCGAUGUGGUAGUAUCGAGGCUCUAGGCAGGUGUAGUCGUCGAGUAAUCAAAGCUUGGAGGCUUAUGCUUAAUCACUCAAUUCCUCUCUCCGCGAAUAGGAAAGGAGCAUUGUUUGUUUUGUUUCAUUUUUAUCGGUGUCCCAAAAAGGACUCCUUGCUCCAAGUAGGAUACAGAGGGCCCAACUGGUCAAUUCCAUGCAAGGCUCUAAGCGGGACCUUCACAGCGAAUUAAAAUUAGUAGGGCGGGCUAUGUUGGCAGUGUCGUUUUACUUCACUAUCCUCCCCACUGCGAAAUACUGUGCAGAGUGUACAUGCCCAUUUGCACCGCCUUGUGACGAUGGGUACACAAGAGAUAACUAGUCCAAGUCCUAGCAAUAUGGGCGACGGAUGACUUCCCCGUUAGCCUCAAUUCAAGCAUAAUGCCAGUCUCUGGAAGACAACUUAAAGAUCGUUUGACCGCCAUCGUUUUGCAACUACAGUAAAACCAAGAUUCGGCCUACCUGCCUCAGGACUCUUCACGGUGGAAAUAUUGAUUCAGUCACUCCUUCAAAGUAUUCACAGUUAAUUUACUAUAUAUUAUUCACAGAUUAGAAUCCAGGUAUGUUCUUUACUGUAUUACUAAAACAGUCAAUUCACUUGAGAGCUAGUGGCUCUUCUAUUUCAUAUUCGAGAAUUAAGACUAAUGAAUCGUCUCGCAAGGGUAACAACAGCACCUUGAAACAAAAUGGACCAACAGAACAGGCUCCAAUUCUCUCAAUUUCCCUCAGAGCCAAGUUGGACUGGGGAAUAUACGGAGUGGCAAUCCGAAUACCAGCGGGGUGCCUGGGGAACAACGGGUGGUGAACCUAUGAGUACCACGAAUUCUAAUAGUACAUUGUACAGCCAAAACUCCACAUACUCUGAUGGGACAACCGCAACUUCGAUGAGUCUCCCCUAUACGCUGGACUCUCCCUCUGCAGAGAAUGUCCAGUUUAGUCCCGGUCCUGGUCCCGGCUACUCGGCAGCAUUUGGGGACAUGUCUUUGGUCGAGUCCAGCAGCGCAAGCGCCGCCUACUUCCCUCCUCAAUACCAAUAUCCCGUUCAAGCUGCACAGCCAACACCCUCAUCCCUUGGUUGGGACAUGACAGUUAUGAAGGUACAAGACUUCUAUGAUUUCGUUGUUGAGAAGGCAAAUGAGCCAUACCUUCAACUACGUGGCCAGCUCCAAGACCAUUCAAAGUCUCCUAUAGUGUUCCUCGACAAAGAUAGGUAUGCUACUACUCACUAGGGAGCCCCAUAAUGAACCAAAUACUAACAAUGCUUAGCCACGAAUCUCACAAAAAGCGACAUCCUUGUCUUUACCCCGGACGCAGUUGCUGGAAAAACGGUAUCCAACCCGUCUUCGCCAGGACAGCCGAUCUCGAACGCCACUACAACGUCGUCCACGACGGCUCCUCAGGCGAGAAGUUCGCAUGCGACUACCUGAAAUGUACCCGACACAACGACACUUUCACCCGCAAGGACCACUGUCGAGACCACUACAAGGAGUACCACAAAGAGGACAUUGGCGAGUACAAGGGCUCCAAAUCCGCCAAAGACAAGUCCCGCUGGCAGGCCAAACAACGCGAGUGGGAAGCCGAGCGCAAGAUUGAUCCGUACUGGUGGCGAUGUCCCAAGUGUCUGGACCGCGUCAAGAUCGAAAAGAGCGGCUGGACGUGUCCGGGCUGCAAGAAGGAGUGUGAUGGUAGCCGCUAUGAGGCUCGGAUGAGGCUCUUGAACUCGAGUCGGACGGAUGACAGGUCGCUAGGUGACUCGGACCCGGCCUUGCAAAGCGAUUCGACGUACCACUCUUACCUACAUUGCAGCACGUGCAAUGAUACGGGGUAUGUUGGUAGCGAGAUGGAGGGCUAUAGUCCGUGUCUCUAUUGCCAGGGGACAGAUAAUUAUACGUACGAUGAUGCGAGAAAUGCCAAUGAGAGCUAUGAGGAGGCGCCGCCGAGUUGGUCGCAGCGACGGUAUGAUUAUGGCUGUGAUGAUGUGACGAGAUGACCAGGAAUGCGCGACUGGAGUGAUGCUUUCUCUGCGGAUGGAUGGAUCGAUGCGCAAUGAAAAUUUGGGAGGCAAGAAUGAGCGUUUCGUACGAUUACCAUUGGGGGUUGGAUAUUUGAAAGAGGCGUUUGCAGAAGGGGCUUCGUGGCUAUGCUGUUUCGUUUCCUAUUCCUAGCGACUUUUUUCUCCUCGCUCCUUCGUUCUCCUCGCUCCUUCGUCCUUUUGAUUCUUGUCUUUUUUUCGCGCUUUCUUGGGUUUUCUGGCGAUAAACCUCGGAAGGGUGGUUUUUUUACUUUCUGCUUCCUUGCUUGAGCACAUGUUCCUUGUUUUCUACUUGGGCAUGUGUUUGCGACUAGGAUUUCCUUUUGUUUUUGUCCUUCUCAUCUUUUCCCUUCUUGGUGGGCGUCUAUAUGAGUGAACGAUGAGAGGGUGUUUGUGUUCUCAUCUUUUUGUUCUUUUCCUUUUCCUUUUUCCUUUUGAUUUCUGCCCUAUGGAAUUCUUCCACUUCUAUUGAGAUGCGGUUUCUUACCACCCUCGUUGUCUUACUAUCUCAUCGUCAUGGAGUCUUGGGUAUCUGGGAUGGCGUUAAUUAUCUAUUUUCAGGUGUUUUUUUGGACUUGGGGGGUACGGUGGGUUUCUUUAGGAGGCGAAAUGAAGAAGUAGAUUUUUUGGUUUUUCAUGGUGGGAGGUGGUGGGUGAGAUUCUUUCGGGGGUAAAGACUUAUAGCGAAUUGUGUUCCUUUCUCUAAUGGGUGGGUAUGAAUGAAAAAUAAAAUUUGGAAUGAGAGACUUUUGGUUGCG